AUAUUCUCAUGCAGAUUAAAUAAUAAGAAAUGUCGACCACUUUCAUCCAUAUAUAAAUAGGCAUGAUGCACGUAACAUGGCCCCAAACCCUAUAGCAACACACCCUUCACGACUCAUAUCAUUUUCCAUUAUUACUAUUAUUAUACUUUGCACGUCAUGAAUUCAAUGGUAAGAGACCGCAAAGAACAAAUGGUAAUCCAGUCUUCAAUCGUCUUGCUUCAAGAAAGAUUCAGACAACUUCAGAAAGCGCGAGAGUUAAGAGCUGAACGAGAGCUCCUUAACCCUAAACCUAACCACCAAGACAAAAAUAUCUCACAAUAUUACAGGGAACCCGUGAGUUUUGGUUUCUUCCAGUUUCUACCUCUAAACUCUCAAACAAGCUCGUCACAGCAGCUCCUCUCCCUCUCCUUGUGCCCUCACUCCACCUCUGAUUUCAUUGAAAAGCCUAGCUUUUAUCAUCACUGGCCAAAAAAGGACGAGAAUAAGGUGGUUGGGAUUGAUAGAUACGAUGACGUUGACACGUCUCUGCGUCUCUAAACUCAUAAAAAUUGCUCCUCUCCAUCUUUUGUUGUUUUUGUUUUGUUUCUAAUUUAGAAAUAUGUAUGUAUAACCUUUUUGGUCGGUAUUCUCCUUUACGGAGUCUUGUAGGUGGUGAUGAUAUGUAAUAUGGAAGGUUCAAAUGCGAUCAAAUAUAUUAUUAACUAUUUCGGAGCUA